UUACGUUGAACAACCGCGGCGAGCGCAUAGAAUACGCCAAACGAACCGACUGCCUGAAAUUCCCAAGCCAGCGAUCCGAGUAUCCCAAUCCGAAUCCGAAUCAGAAUUAGAAGUGCAGAACCAAAUCGAAAAUUCCUGCAGUUAAUUGGAGCAGAAAGUGUGUCGAUUUGUUUGUUUUCCUAUUUUUUUUUCGAGUUCAAUUCUGUGCCUUGUAGUGCGAAUCGAAAUCGAAAACCGUUGAAAACAGCGAUAAAUCGUCCUGAAGCCAAUAUCCCGCGAUGGGCAAUGCCGGCUACACUUGCAUACGCCGCACAUUCUGCUGGCUCAACAUCAUUCUAUGGCUGUGUAGCUGCGCGUUCUUAGGAGCCGGACUCUGGUUACGGCUGAGCUACGCGGGAUACGCCACCUUGCUGCCACAGCACGCCGGUCUGAGUGCGGACACCAUCUUCAUGGGCAUCGGGGGCACCGGGUUCGUGGUCAGCUUCUUUGGCUGCUGCGGCGCCUGGGUGCAGUCCCGCUGUCUCCUGGUGUUGUACUUCAUGCUGAUUGUGAUGCUGUUCAUGAGCGAGUUCCUGGUGGGCUCCAUCGCCUUUCUCUUCCGCGGCGGACUGGGACGGACUUUGGCCAACGAGCUGCGCUUCGGUAUCGAGCGGCACUACAACAGCAGCGAUCGGGGAUCUCUGGUGGCGCCUUCGGUGGCCUCCAUUUGGGACAGCGUGCAGCAGUCGUUCGAGUGCUGCGGCGUCUCCUCCUACGAGGACUGGUAUGACAUACAGUCGUGGCCGGGCAGGCGCUGGGUGCCCGAAUCCUGCUGCAGGACCCUCUACGAUCAGCGCCAGGUGCUCACCGAAGGAUCCGGCGACGGAAUGAUGCGCCCCGACUGCGGCAGAUCCGAGAAUCCGUCGCUGUGGUGGGACAAGGGCUGUGCCCACUCGCUGCAGAGCUGGUUCACCGGCCAGCUGAACGUGGUGGGCGCCGUGGGAUUGGGGAUCGCCUUCGUCCAGCUGUUCGGGUUGAUCACAUCGAUGCUGCUGUUCUGCACGGUGAAGCACAAGCGGUCCUCGGACACCUACAAGUCGUACUCCCCCUCAAUCGAUCCCCAGACCCGCACCAGCAGUUGGGAGGAUUGAACGCGCCUGUGAGCGGCGGUAGGCGGACUUCUAAAUUGGCGGAUCGGAUUCGAACGGAUUCGGACCCAUCCCGUCGCUAUCUCUAUUCCCCUCUUGUUAACUCUCUUAGUUUCUAAUUAAUUCUGCGAAAUGUGCCAAAAAUUAAUUUAAUUCAAAGUGUAAUUUUUUUUUUGUUUGUAAUCUGUUUUGUUUGUAAUCUGUAGGCGAAGACAUAUCGAACAAAAUUAAACUGGCAGCCAGAUGACCAGUGUGAACGUGGCAUAAGGCUGCCGGUAACAAUCACAUAUUUAGUUAGCGGUGUAUCCAUAUUGUGAUGUGCUCUCUAGUAGUAUAGUAUAAGGCCCAAGUACCGAAACGCACCUAGAAACAGGGUACACUGCGUUCCAUACUUAUCAGGCUGGCUACUUAGAUGCCAGAGUGAGUGCCCGAGAUAAAGCAGCUAGUGUGAGUAGGAAUACUUGGACCGGAAUAUGCUCGUAACCCUUCAACAAAAUCAAUAUAUCAACUAUAUAUUUAUACAUAAUUAUACAAUACUUAUGUUACUUUAUGGAACUAUGUAGUAUUCGAAAUAGCAGAAACCGCAACUGCCCGAAAAGCGUGAGAAAACCGAGUAGACGAAGUGGACGAAGUGCAUGAUGUGGAGUAAGUGGGUGCAAAUAGUUAAAGCAAAUAUUACACAACUACUAUGAGUAUGAUUAUUUUAUUCAUACAUACAAAUAUUUAUAUCGAAAUGCAUUCCUACACAACAUGUUCGUGUUAAGUUACAAAUAAAUUAAAGUAUUUAUUUAAAUUACAC